AUGGCACAGUUUCCUUUAAUAGCUAUUCAUCAGAGAAAUAUUGAAGAAAUUUUUAAAGAAGAAGUGAAAGAUAUCUUUGAGUUCCUCAUAACUAGACUCAGUAUGUCCCCUUAUAUCCCAAAUGGAAUAUACAUAAAAUGGCGGACGGCGACCGACCCACCCUCGCAGUGGUGGUUACCCAUGUAUAUCCGGGCAUGGUUUUUGGAGCCAAGAGUUAGCCCAACGACGUCUGGGACCUCGAAGCGAGAGGCCUAAGCGCAAAAGCCGCUGUUUUUGUGACCAAACCCAUGGGCAGUUACUCGUGACUUCUUUUUACCAGCAGCGCUCAGCCCAGUGAGUGCCCGAAAUGAGGCAGGGCGACUUACCUGCCUAAGCUGCUUUUGUGAUUUGCCCCGAAUGGCGAAAGCUGUUGAGUUCUUUCUCGGGAUGACCGGAAAAGAGGGGAAGGCGAGUUAGACAACUAAACGGGGGUCUCUCCAGUUUAAAAGGUACCCUUCAAUGGGCAGAUCUGGCAGACGACGCGGCAGUGUUGGCGUAAACUUAGGCGACGAUCCAAGUUGGAAAUGGAGACGGUCAGCAAAGCCGGUAUAAGACGGCCCUUGACCUUCACCUCUACCGAGAAAACCGGGGAUUUCGGCCCGGGCUUGGUGAACGCUCUGCCACCACACGGGAAACCGUGGAAUGCUUCCUCGGACGUAGUGGGGACCUUAAAUACCUAGCGUUAAUCUAAUCUAAUCUAAUCUAAUAUCCCAAAUGAAAUAUUUUUUUCAGGGAUCACCCUCAAAGAUGGUUAUAACUUAUCUAUAGGAAAAGCAGGGAUCAAUUCAUACAAUUUGGAAAUUUUCCAUUAUAAACUUCUUGCAAAGCUUGAAAAGCACAGAUGAAAAAAUACAAUCUUUCAGCAGAUUAACCAAGAUAUUAUAGAAAAAGAAGGAGAAAUAGACGGCGAUGAGCUGCAAAUGAAAGCGAAUUUGCUUUAUGAAUGCGAUAUUUUUGCGUUAAAGUACCAAAAUCAAAAUUGAGGAAAUUUCCUAAAUAAGCACUUAUUAAAUAAUAUAGAGAAGGCAUCUGCUGAGCUGCAGCCAUUUGGAAGCUUCAAAUUUUUUCCAAAGAUUAUGAACACUGAUGGCAGAACCGUCACAGAGAUCGGUAAAUUCAAAAUAAUAGUUUUCCCUCAAACUAUAACAAAUAUUGAAGAUACAUACCAACAAAUAAUUUUUGAAAAAGAGAAAAAUAAAGCUUUGAGAAAAAAAAUUUUUAAUAUUGAUUAUUCUUUCUUUUAUGAAUGCUUAUUUUUCAAGACUAUUCCAAAUCUGAUAAAAUUCGAUUGAGUAAAGAUUAAAAGAGCUUAAUGGAAACGAUGUCAUUUUUACUUCUAUGCAAAGAUUUUCUGUGCAUAAUGGAAAGCCACAUGGAUAUGGAGUAAUUGAAACAUCUGAUAUGAAAUACACAGGACAGAUUAAUAAUGGGAAAUUUCAUGGGAAUGGCGUGAUGAUUUCAAGGAAAGAACAUAUUAAAUAUGAAGGGCACUUUGAGAAUGGCUAUUUUAUUUAUGGGAGUAUUAGCACAAUAAAUGAAAGGUUUGAUGAAUGAUGUUCCAGAAGAGAUCCUUACAACCCUAACCAAUGAAUUAGCUAUAGUUAUUUUAAUGUGGGAGAAUUCCCUUUUGAUCCCUUUGAAAAGGCUGAAAAAGAGUAUACUAAAAUAUUUUCUGGAGAAAACAAAGAGUUAGAAGGAAAUUUAAUUGAUGGUAAAAUCAAUGGAUGAGGGAUUCGAUAUUUUAAAGGCCGAAAGUAUAUGGAAGGAGAGUUUAUUAACUCAGACCUAAAGAAAGGCAAAAUUUAUUAUUAUGAUGACAGAUAUGGAAUUAUUGAAGAAAACGAUUUCUAUGCAGGCUAG